CCUGCAUUGAUUUCUUCUAAAUGUUUAAAUAACGAAUGGCUGCCUGGUGUUGUGGUAAGCGAUUUGGACUGUCGUUCAAUAGUCUCGAUUUGUCCUGGGUUUGAACACUGCCAGCCGUCAUCCCCAGCAAUCUCGUUGGAGGUUUGGUUUAGGAUGUAAAAAAAAAACUCUGAAGAAAUAUCCGAAACUUGUAAAACAACGAACACUUUAAAGCAUUAUUUUAUAAAACAAUAUCAUAUAUUGAGAUGCGAUAAAACAGUUGUAACUAUUAUCAUCUUGAUAUUUUCAAGGACAGCUCUUAACGAGAAUGGUUACAAUGACCGCAUACUUCAUCAGCAUUACACUGAUGAUCCUGAACGAAGACACUGUUGGACUUUACAAUGCGGCCAGGUUUAAACCUGCCCUACAGAGCAGUGACUACCGAACUUACUACGCCUACUUAGGAGCGGAUGGGAACUACGACUCUGACGGACUUCAAGGUCAUUGUCAACACACUGGUGAGCAAUGGAGCCCUUGGUGGAUGGUGGACUUGUGUGGUCAGUUUUUAAUAGAGAAAAUACAGCUAACAAACAGGCAAGGUAUAUAUCAAAAUCAUCAAGUGGCUUUACGUUUGAGAAACUUUGAUAUUGAAAUAUUUCAACAAGAUCCACGACAACUUGAAAACUUUCCAAAUGUAACUGGCCAAGUCUGCUACCAUCAGACUGAUUCACUGGGUCCUGGCACUUUCAACUUUACGUGUGCUGCUCCAAUCACUGGCAGAUAUGUGCGUCUAAUUAUAAGAAAUGAACGACAAUUUUUACAUAUCUGUGAGCUGGAAGUACUAGUCAGUAGUUGUAGGGUAGCAGAACUGUACUUCAACAAAGUAUUAGACACUGAACUGACUGGCACACCAUUUGAUACGAUGGACGCAGGCGACCAAAUGGUUUGUGCACAGAACUGUGUACUUCGUAGGUCAACUGAUUUCUGUACUGCUUUCAACUGGGUCACAUCCACAAAUUCAUGUCAACUUUUCAGUGUCAACCCGUACCUUGACCUCUCAACCAACGUGACCUACGCCCCAGGAACAUAUUUCAAUAUUCAAAGUAAUUGA